GUGUCGAGUGUAAGUGUACAAGAGUUUAGGGAACGCGACGUGUAAAUGUUCGGUAGGAAAGUUAUGUUGAGACGGUGUGUCGUGCGAGGGAACAGUAGUGCAUCGUUUUAAUAACGCAUCGAUGAUGUAUGAACAAACAGCGAUUAAGUAUUGACCUUCCUAGCGUUUCACUUCGAUCACACACGUCCCCUUACGAGCGUUCUCUUCUUUACACGUCCCGCAUACUUACGCCAGUCACUCGGCCUCGGCGCGAUGGGUUAUUUCCUAAGGAGCGAUCAUACUUUUUCAAACAAACAAAUAAAACUCGCCUGUAAGCAUUGAACAGACAUACGAUUUCCCAGCGAAUUUUUUUACACGCGAUGGGUUAUUUCCCGAACGGCGAUAUCACACAUUUUAACGAACACACUUCUGUUUGAGUAAGUCCGCUCGUACGAUUUUCCACUGUUUCUUUUACACUCUCUUGCACGCGAGCCCAUUUCAGGUUUCUAUUAGUAUAACGAUUUAUGAAACAGACGUAGAGAUGCUUCCUAAUAUACAGGAUAAGGAGUACAGAGUCCUCGACUUAGUUCGCCAACGUGAGAUACAGGACUCUGUGACUUAUGCUGUGUCGCAAAAGCUGCACGUGACAGAGAAUCUGAUCUCUCGUCUGGGACUUGAGAAAGAAUUGAACGGCCAUACGGGAUGCGUGAAUUGUUUAGAAUGGAACGAAAGCGGCCAAAUCCUGGCUUCGGCGUCGGAUGACAUGAACAUUAUAUUAUGGGAUCCGUUUCGGUACGAGAAGAAAUUGGUGCUCCGUACACGUCACCAUGGGAAUAUAUUCUCUGUGAAGUUCUUGCCAAAGUCUGACGACAGGAUAUUGGUAUCGGGCGCGGGGGACGGGAAAGUACGGGUGCGGGACCUUACGAUUCUCGAGCCUCUGUUCUCGUGUAAUUGUCACGUGGGCCGCGUGAAACGUAUCGCCACCGCGAACACUGUACCUUUCCUGUUCUGGAGCGCCGCCGAGGACGGCCUCGUGUUACAGUACGACAUCCGUACCCCCCAUAGCUGUAAAGACGAUAGUUAUAAUAGUGUGUUAGUGAAUCUUGUCAAUCACGCGGGCCGAUACGCUGAGGGCAAGUGUAUUUCUGUGAAUCCAAAAAGACCUGAACUGAUAGCCGUCGGAGCCAACGACGCGUACAUUCGGAUGUACGACCGUAGGAUGAUUAAACUCUCUCCGGUGCCUGCUUCGUUUCAGCAUAGACAGUGGACAAGAGGGAGCACGUUUCGUUUCCCUGGCGGAGGCGACGCAGAGGAAAACGUGCCGUUGGCUUGCGCACAGUACUUUAUCGCGGGCCAUUUGCAUUCACGACAGCGCGACACCAACAGAAGCUUGACCACGACGUAUUUAACGUUCAGCGCCGACGGGAACGAGCUCCUCGUCAACAUGGGCGGCGAGCAAAUUUAUCUGUUCGACGUGAACAAUCCGAAGAACAUGAAAACCUGCUUUGGAUACUCGUCGAACAUGUAUCUAGGAGAUUUGUGUACGGACAAGAAUGAAGAUGUUACCACUUUGAUUAAGAAAAACGUUAAGAAUCUACCGCCGCACGUGGAGGAAUUGAAACGUCAGGCUGACGAGAGUUUUGAGCAACACAAAUAUUCGCUGGCGAUUAAUUUGUACAACAAAGCGAUCAGUUAUUGUCCUACAGCGUCCGCGCUUUUCGCUAACAGAGCUGCAGCGUACAUGAAACGAACUUGGGAUGGAGACACGUACGCUGCUCUCAAAGAUUGCCAGACGACGUUACUCCUCGAUCCAGGACACAUAAAAGCUCAUUUCAGACUGGCUCGUUGCCUUUAUGAUCUGCACCAAGCGCCAGAAGCAGAUAAAGUGAUUAAAGAGUUCCAACAGAAGUUCCCUGUGUACGCGUCGAACUCUGCAUGUAAAGCUUUAAAAAUGGAUAUAAAGGAAGCCGUGGAUUCAGGUCGAGACAGCGAGCUGAGUCAGUCGAUGAUCCAAAUAUCGGAUCACGAAGAGGAAUGGCGAAGCAAUACGUUCGAUUACAAGAUGAGAUUCUGCGGACACUGCAAUACGACCACCGACAUAAAGGAGGCAAACUUCUUUGGCAACAAUGGUCAAUAUAUUGUGGCAGGAUCGGACGAUGGUUCGUUUUUUAUAUGGGAUCGUAAUACCACAAAUAUUGUUAGGGUGUUGAGAGGCGACGAACGCAUCGUGAAUUGCCUCCAGCCCCAUCCGUCUACGUGUCUGCUAGCUACUAGUGGCAUCGACCCAGUAGUUCGAUUAUGGAGUCCUUUACCUGAGGACGGCAGCGUGAACGAAAGGGAGAUCCAAAAUCUGGAGGACGCCGCGUCUGCGAAUCAGGUUCGCAUGAACAGCGACCCGUUCGAGGUGAUGUUAAUGAACAUGGGUUACCGGUUUCCGGGUCAGCCGGUAGACUUGAACGACGACGACGACGGUAAUCAAGACCAAACGAUCGUGCAGCCUAGCUGUAAACCGAGUUAAUUAAAGGGAAAUUAACAAACAUCGGAGGAGGAGUAAACGAUCGAAAACUUACGUCAAUGUUAUAUAGAAAAAUGCUGCUGCUUUAAUUGCAACUAUUUUUCUUUUGUCGAUUUCUCAUAGUCGUUGGUUUUUUAUCAGGUAUACAGAAAUAUUUCAGAAAAUGUUAAAACCGAUCUAAGCGUUAGAGGAGGGAGAAAAAUAGUUGUGUAUUGAAUAAAUGUGAAAAUUCUUA